CAGACAGUACAUCGUCGGGUGAUAAUGGGUCCACACGCCUGAAGGGCAACUCUUUCCGUAAAAAAGUCAGUGACUGGAACUCGGACAUUCCUUUUCAAAGUGACAUUCUCUAGGACUUAGUGACAUUUCUUGAGUUCAGACUGUGACAUUCCUCUCCAUAGGACAAAGUUUAGUGAUGUUUAAGAACUUCUUGCUAGCUCGUAGAUAAUUUGGAAGAUGACUUUGGAGCUGAGCACUCAUCCCACGAUGCCGUUGGACUUCAGUAACGGGUGUAAUAGGGAUGAUUCUGGGAGUCCCGAAGUUAACGUGUCAGAUUCUCCCAAUUCGAGUCCGCCGGGUAGCAGCGCCUUUACCAUCGUGACACCCAAAGGACGAGAAGGUGUUGAUAGAAAUGGUUCUCCUUUACAAUUUCCUUCACCAAGUGGCUUUGCUUCGUAUUGCCGGAACAUUUGGGGAUCACCGAUCAUCUCAGCUGGUUCCAGGUAUCUCUCGCCGUUCUCUGAAGGAAAUAUCAAAGAAAAAUCUUCAGAGCCCAUCAAAUUUGGCAUUAGCAGAUUAGUAUCGAAAUCAGACGACGAAGAAGACCAUGGAAAUAAUAACAACAAUUCCAAACCCUACCAAAGAGAUGACAGUUAUUAUAGCGGCGAUGAACGCUCAUCCCCUAAAUAUAGCAACCAAAGGUGGGAGCAAAACUCCUCACCACGACCUUCGCCUAGUACUUCCCCCGAACUGGAGGUGGAUUCUCCAGUACACUCUAGAUCGAAUUCUCCUUUCCUUAGGCCCUCAUCGGUAACCGAAAUUCAAAAAGUCGAUCCUUCCAGUAAAAAAUCCGAAGCCUUUUCAGUGAGUGCUCUUUUGCGACCGGAUAAUCCGAAAAAAGUAGACAAUAGAUGUGUUCAAGAAACGAUCUCAGUUACCAAAUCAUAUUUCUAUCCCCCGUUUAUGGAUUUCGUGAAAGACGCCCAGUUAAAAUCAGCACAAGAAUACACCUCCCAGUUUCUACCGAGACAUUUAGUUCCUUCGGGGUUCUUCCCCUCCAAUAUGUACCCACAAAAAGAUGGGGAAGAAAGAAGUUUUCUACCGAAUCCUACCUCCUUGUACUUUAGUGCGAUGGCAGCAGCGAUGGCUUCCGGUCAGUCUCAACCUGGUAGCUAUCCAGCACCUCCAACCGCCGAAGAACUCUAUCGGUUAAGGCACCAUCUGAUGAAUAACCCUUCUGGAGUUCAUCCUCACCAUCACCACUUCCUUAUGCGACCGGGUUUGAUGCCGAUAGGAGAUGUUUACUCAUGUAUAAAGUGCGAGAAGAUGUUUUCUACGCCGCAUGGUCUUGAAGUACAUGCGAGGAGAUCGCACAACGGGAAAAGACCUUUCGCCUGUGAACUUUGUAAUAAAACUUUUGGACACGAGAUCAGCUUAAGUCAGCACAGGGCUGUUCAUAACGUGGAAAAAGUUUUCGAGUGCAAACAGUGUGGGAAAUCCUUCAAGAGAUCUUCGACGCUGUCAACGCACCUGCUGAUACAUUCUGAUACGAGGCCUUACCCUUGCCAGUAUUGCGGCAAGAGGUUUCAUCAGAAGUCUGAUAUGAAAAAACACACCUACAUCCAUACGGGUGAAAAACCUCACAAAUGCACAGUGUGCGGCAAAGCCUUCAGCCAAUCCUCAAACCUCAUCACGCAUUCCAGAAAGCACACAGGCUUCAAACCCUUCGCCUGCGACCUCUGCGGGCGAGCAUUCCAACGCAAAGUAGACUUAAGGAGACACAAAGAGACCCAACACACGGAGCUGAGGCCUAUCGUUACAUAGUGCCAAACCACCGGGAGCACCACCACGCUUCCGGUCUCCUACAAUUCCAAAAAUGUACAAAUCGAAGAGAACAAACUUCUACAACCAUUCCAUACUCAAGUAGGCAUCGCUGGUGAGCAAGGUAGCUCGCAGAUGAUGAGGCAUAGCCAACCGAUGAUGCCCAGCGAAGGUUUACUGCCGAUGAGGACGGUGUUGUCCAACAUGAGUUGGACUUAGGUGAAAUGUUUACCAAAGGAACAGGAGAACUUGCAGGCAAAACUUUUAUAAAUAUUCCUAAUACUUGUAGCAAUGAUAUAUGAUAACAGGUUGCUACGUGUCAAUUAUGAAACAAUUAAACAAACUCAGUAUGAUUGAUAGGAUUAAUCAAACAACUAAAUCAACCAAAUAGUUUGCUUGUACGUUCUCCAAUCAACUGUUUUGUACCGUAAUCUUCGUUGAAUCUAUAUAAAAGUGUAAAUAUCUUAUCUUAAUUGAAAUUAGACUGAUUAUUUCUAGUCUAUACUAAAAUCUAGGUUCUGAAAAUCACCGGUUCAACGGUGAAAUUAUACCAAUUCGACUAAAAUAUUUUUAUUGGUUCUAAAACAAUUUUCUUGGGUCAGUUCUCUGUUAUCUAGUUUAUUUCAUAGGAAUUAACAAAAAUUUUAAAUUAAAAAACGUUUGAUAUGAAGCUUGGUUGUCUUUAAUUGAGUUUGGAAGUUGAUAUUAAUGAGCAGAUUUACAAAUAUAGUUUCAAUAGUACCAUAAUUUGAAUAUAGAUGGGAUAUGCAAUGAAAUAUAGGAUACCGGAAUGCCAAAUGCCUGGGGUAAACUCACUUUUACUCCCAGAUAUAUCGAAGCAAAUAUUAAAAUACAGUAGUAUUGAUAUCCCAUGCGAGCAAAGUACUCCUUACCAUCAUCAAUGAAAGACUAAAAUCAAUUCUCUUAGCACAAAUUCCCAAAGAACAAUGUGGAUUCGUUCCAAAUAUAAAGGAACAAGAGAAUACAUUCUUAAUAGGUAUUCGUCAAAUUAGAGAAACUUCCCGAGAGUUUAAUAUAGAAACAGAUUUGUGCUUUUUGACUACGCCAAGGCCUUCGACAACGUUACAUGGGAUAAAAUGUGACAUAUACUUCGAGGAAUAGAUACUCUAGAAUAUCUAGAACAACUGAACAUCAAGAGCGCACUCUAAAAUGCAGAACAUAAGUUAUGCUCUUUUGGAUACAUAUACAGAAAACAUUGUUAAAGACUUUCUAAAUGAAAGCAAUUCCUCUCCUUGUGGGAUCGGUACUCGCCUGAGGAACUGCAGACGUUCGGAUUCACUAAGCGUCACUUUACAGAUUAAACAUUACUAAUUACGUGGUUAAAGAAUUCAAACCAAGGACAGAAAUAAAAAAGUACCUUUCUUUCAAAAACCAUUAUAGAUUAUGGAUGUGAUUUACAGCCUAGUCUCCAUAUUAUUUGUAAUUACAAAAUAGGUCAAUUGUAUGCUUCCAACUAAAGUUGUAUCUACUAAUAAUUACAUUACGAUAAUAUUAUAGUAAUUAAACAAUAAGUAUCUCUAAAUUGAAUGCAAUUAUUUAGCUGUUCUAAUAAACAAAUAAAUAAUAUUGGCCCUAGGAUAUUAUAUCAUAGAAAAAUUAUUAAUUUCUUAUUAGGUAUUAUUUCGUUUAAGUUUUUCUUUAAUUUUGUAGUCAAUGCAAUUAAUCUAACAAAAUAUAAAAGAAGCAAAAGUUAAAGAGAGGGACUAAAAGAAGGGUUCCACAGGAAAGUAACAGGGCACCACAGGAAAGUAACCUGCUAUCAGUUAUAUUAUUGAUACCAUUUAUAGCAGACUCAAAUAUAACCUAAAUACACAUUAAGUAAAUUGGAAAAUAUGGAUAAACAUUAAGAGUUCGUAAUUAAAAUUAAUGAUAAAAUGACAAAAACUACAACUAUACAAAGAAAAGAGAUAAAACCAUUACCUAUGAUAAUAAAAAACUAAAAAGUACAUACUGCAAAUUAUCAGCAAAUAGGAUUAGGAAAUAGGUAAAGACAAGCAUUGUUCAAGGCAAAUAUAGCUUCCUAAGACUGAAUUGUUCUGUGAUCCACUACAACCUAAAUCUGAAAAUUACUCCAAACCAACUAAAAAUGUGGUUGAGAUGGUGUGAGGUUUAUCUGAAUCAUGGUAAGUAUUCUUAAAUACAGCAACUUAAAUACUAGAGCAACUAAAAAAAACUUAAAAGAGAUUGCUUAGCUUAAACAAUAAAAAGGAAGAUGGAAAAAACUUAUAUUACCUUAAUUGAUUGACAACAGGAACUAGACAGAAGUCGGUCAUCAUCAUUCCUAUUUAUUUCUCCUUUCCUGGUAUCAAGUUGAUCGUAGGUAUAGAUUUGUACAGAGAACAGAGACCAGUUUGCUGUUGUGAUAGCUCACCACAAUUAUUGGAAACAGUAUGUAAAGAAGAAUAAAAAUUUGAAAGUGGAACCGAGUUGAAACAUAUAAGUACUAGGAAAUACGAGGAGCAAAAAAUGAAAAAGUAGCAAGAAUAAUAGUCGAAAAGUACAGAAAUAUUAUUAAAGAGUUGGCCUAGAGAGGAAAAAAGCAAUAGACUGCCAUAUAGAAUGUAAUAAACAAUUUAUAUUCUAUAUUCCAGGUUUCAAGCAUUAGUUGAUGAUAUAUAUAUAUAUCGGUUUUAAAACGUUCUUCUACGUCUUCCGAUGCCUAGUCGCCAUUCACUUCGGUCCAUCCAAAGGUCUUCAUC